GUAACUUACCCGCACCUGUGAAUCAAGCUUCUUGUAUAAUGAACGAUGCCAAAGUUUCGUUUCGCUAGCGCUUGCACGGCCCCAUGCAUGUUCCUGCAACGCGGCCGAACACGGCUGAAUGAUUAGCGCUCCCUCAAGGCUUAGUACUCGGGUUGAUCCCACUGUUCUUUGAUGUUAACAAUGACCGAAGACCAUAGGCCAAAACCUCCUCCAGAGCCUUCUGCAUCUAGAGAAGCAACUGCUGGCGAGAGCUUGAGCCAGCUCCGGAGUGGAUUCCGUCAGGCCGUGCGGAAAUUUAAGAAGAAUGCGACUAAAAAAAUUUCUAAACAUUUCGAGCGUUCCCAUCAGCAAACCCCUACUGGCCAGAAUGCCGAUCGUGAAGGUGCUUCAUCAAAUCAGAAUAUUGAGGAUGCGUCGCGUCUGCAUCCUUCCGAUAUCGAUGGUGACAAGCCCGCCACAUCUGAAAAUCUCAGUGACUCUGCGAACCAAGGAGCGCCUGGAGAACCUGCCUCGAAGGUUUUCGACGCCCCUUCUGGUGUGGAAGAAAUUCCUGAUACCCAAUCGGUUGAUGCUGAACUUCGGGGUGCCCGUGAACGCAUGAAAAAUAUGAGACUACUCGGGGGACAUGCCACUUCUGUGGCAUCCGCAGCCAAGGAUGGCCCAAAAGAUCUCGAUGCCGCAGACAAUUUCCAGACCACAUAUCUUCAACCACUCAGAAUUUUUGACACUGUCAUUAGGGAUCUUGCGAAUGUACAUCCUUACGCAAAGGUGGUGCUUGGUAUGCUGUCUGCUGCAUCCAAA